CCCGGAAGUGCGGGAUCACGUGCUGCCUCCCUGUCCGAGGGCUCGGAUGAGAAUGGCCCUGGAAGAAAAGAACAAACGGAAGAAAAAGCGGAGUGCGCGGGAGGGAGAGAACCCGGAGGACGGCGCUUGUGGGAAUCUGGCAGGAGACUAUGAAGUUGGACAAGUCGCCAGUAGUUUAUUCCACGGCAAGCGGCCCUCCAGAGGCAGCACGGGUCGGCUGGCUUCCCUCUUCGGCUCUUUGGAGCCUCAGCUUCAACCCGUGUAUGUGCCUGUGCCUGAAGAAACCACCAAAAAAAGGAAACGGGAUGAGGAGGAAGAAAGUUCAUCCCAAAUCCAAAGACCGCUUUUGCAAGAACCUGCCAAAAAAAUGAAACUGAAGAAGAAACUUUCUGAUGCAGACCGAAAGUUGGCAAACAGAGAAAAUUCUUUAGCAAGUGCUGAUUUAGAAGAAGAAAUUCACCAGAAACAAGGGAAGAAAAGGAAAAAUUCUCAAUCUGGUGUUAAAAUUGCUGAUAAAGAAGUACUUGAUGAUGUAGAUCAGACAGUUGUAAAUCAAAGAAAGAAAAUUCAAACCAACCAAGAAGAGAGAUUAAAGAAUGAGAGAACUGUGUUUGUUGGGAAUUUGCCUGUCACCUGUAAUAAGAAGAAGCUGAAGUCAUUUUUUAAAGAGUACGGACAGAUAGAAUCUGUACGAUUUCGUUCUCUGAUUCCAGCAGAGGGAAUUUUGUCCAAAAAGUUGGCAGCAAUAAAACGUAAAAUUCAUCCUGAUCAGAAAAAUAUUAACGCUUAUGUUGUGUUUAAGGACGUGAGUGCUGCUACAAAAGCACUGGAAAGAAAUGGGGCCCAGAUUGCAGAUGGAUUUCGUGUUAGAGUGGAUCUUGCAUCUGAGACCUCAUCUAGGGACAAGAGAUCUGUAUUUGUGGGGAAUCUCCCAUACAAAGCUGAAGAAUCUGCGGUUGAGAAACACUUUCUGGACUGUGGGAACACUGUGGCUGUAAGGAUCGUGCGGGAUCAAGUUACAGGAGCCAGCAGAGGCUUUGGCUACGUGCUCUUUGAGAAUACAGAUGCUGUUCAUCUUGCUCUGAAAUUAAAUAACUCUGAACUGAUGGGAAGAAAACUCAGAGUCAUGCGUUCUGUCCAUAAAGAAAGAUUAAAACAAAAUUCAAAUCCUAGUUUGAAGAAUGUCAGUAAACCUAAGCAGGGACUUAAUUUUUCUUCAAAAAAUGCACAACAUUCUAAAAGUUUGUUUAUUGGAGAAAAAGCUGUUCUCAUGAAGAAGAAAAAGAAAGGACAGAAGAAAAGUGGACGAACUAAGAAACAGAAAAAACAGAAGUAGCUAUCCGAAGUGUUUUCUUUGUUUUCCCCACUGACUACUGGUAAUAAAAUUGUGGUAAAUCCA